AUGAGCGACGCCGAGCGACGUCGCAUGGCGGGGCUGGGCGGUGCCGCGGCGAGCAUCGGCGGGUUACCGCCGUCGCGAAGGCAUCGCACGGUGGCGGCGUUCGUGGCGAUGUCGCUCGUUCUCGCGGCUUACGUCAUGGGCGUCGCGCCGUCCCUGCCUCGGCUUGGCCGAGCCAUCCUCAGAAAGAGCCGCGCAUCCCGCCCGUCCGACCCCAUCACGCGGUGGACGCGGCGUCUGGCAGAAGGAGCGGCGCUGGCGGCGGUGCGCGAGGGCAUCCGCCCGCUGGCCUUCCGCCCCGGCCCCGCGCUACUGCGCCCGCGCCGGCGGAGAGAGCAGGCGGAGGGGGAAGACGGGGGCGCCGGGGGCGGAGUGGGGGGAGGGAGGGGGAGAGGGGGGUACCGGGCACCGCGUGGGGUGGAAGAGGCGGAUGAGUGUGGGGUGCCGAGGAGGGUGGGGCGGUGUGGGUUGCGGAAGGGGGAGAGGGUGCAUGUAGCUGUGGUCAGCCAAGGGGAGGCGAGGAAUGCGCUUGUGCUGACUCAGCUGCGGCUGCUCAUUGCAUCCAUCGCAGCACACACUAGGUGUCCGCUCACCUUCCACCUCGUCAUCCCACCAACCGACCUCAACGCCACUCUCGCCACGCUGCACGCCUUCCCUGCUGUGCGCAUCCACCCGCUGCCCAGCCCUUUCAUCUCCGUCGCCUCUCCCCUCGCCACCACCGCCAAUGGCAGCGCCACUGGAGAGCCUUCGGCUGCUGGUUCGCUGCAGUUUGAUGCUGUCGGUGCGUCGUCCGGGUAUCAAGAGUCCAAAUCGGAUCUUCGGAAACUCUCUGCCGUGCCUUUCUUGCUUGCCAUUCAUGCUCUUCCCAUGCGCUGGCUCAAGGCCCAAGCCAGGCUCCUAGGCACGCAUCCGAACCUGUCCCCCGACGGGCCUGCUGCUUUGGGUCGGUUUCUCCUGGCAGAUAUCCUUUGGCAGGUUGAGGCUGCGAUUGUGAUGCAACCAGACGUGAUAGUAGGGGGCGACGUGCAGGAACUCUGGAAAAUGAUCGAGCGGAGCAAGGGAACGAGCGAUCUUCUGUCUUUAAUUGUUCCCCUGGAAGAGUUUCAGCUGGUGGGCAGUGGGGAGGAAGGAGAGCAGCAGCAGCAGGGAGGGCUGUUGGGGAUCGGAGGUUGGUUCAGCAGAACCAGGGCUCGAAUAUCGCUUGAUACGAUGCGAGUGGGGAAUGGCGUGCUGCUGAUGAAUCUGGAGAGGCUCAGAUUGCACGGGACAGGCAAGCUUCUCUCCCGUGCACUACAACACCGGCCGCUCACACUCGAACCUCUUUUCGAUCACAACCGUCUUGAAUCCUCUCUUUUCCUCAUAGUCUGCCGCAAGUUCCCGCGAACAUGUGCUCCUUUAUCCCCGCUUUGGGCUAUGGAUGGUUGCUCUCCUGGCGCUCCUUUCUCUGGAUUCUCUUCUCACAGUCGAGAUGCUGCUACAGGAAUGUGCUGGAUGCUUGCGCACAUGCAUUGCCAAGCACCUGUACGUGCAGAGAAUGUGAUUGAAGUGAAAGGGAAGGGACAAGGAGGGGAAUUGGACGGUGUUUAUGGGGCAUUGAAAGGAGAGGGGAGGGAGCAGGAGAGGGAGGAUGCUGUAGGUGUUUAUAGGUUGCCAGAAGGGGCUGGAUGGGAAGAGGCUGUCCAGUUUGCAAUGAAUUAUUUUGCUGCAAGUGGUGGGGAUGGGAGGGCUGGAUAA